UUCUGCUUAUAACAAUUUUCCCAUAUAUACCAUUGCUAUUCUGCUUUUUGAUUAGUUUUAAUUUGCCACUUUUUAACAUUGCAACAAUGUCUCACGAGCAGAGCUACAAAGCUGGUGAAACCAAGGGUCAAACCCAGGUGAAGGUUGGUCAAACACUGGAAAGCAUGAAAGACAAGGCUCAGGCGGCAAAGGAUAAGGCUUCCGACACAGCGCAUUCCGCCAAAGGAACGGCGCAUGAUAAGACAAGUGGAGCAGCUCAGGCAACCCAUGAUAAGACGAGCGGAGCAGCUCAAGCUACUAAGGAUAAGGCGGCUGGAGCGGCUCAGGCAACAAAAGAUAAGACAAGUGGAGCAGCUCAGGCUACGAAGGAGAAGGCUAGUGGAGCAGCUCAGGCUACAAAAGAGAAGGCUUCAGAAAUGAUGGAGUCGGCUAAAGAAACGGCUCAAGCUGGUGAAGAGAAAGCUGGGGGAAUCCUCCAGCAGACUGGACAACAAGUGAGGAGCAUCGCUCAAGGAGCUGCUGAUGCUGUGAAGCACACUUUUGGCAUGGCUGAUACUGAUGAAGAUCCUGAUGUCACAAAAGACAAAACUUUAAAUCACUAAACUAGUGGUUUUUUCAACUUGGAUCUCUUAUUUUUCUUUCUUGAUGGAUUCAAGUGUUCAUGUAUCUUGUGUGCUUAGCAGCUGCUUGUUUGUUCCUUUGAAGUUCCCCCCUUUAGAGGGGAUAUAAUAAAACAUUCGCACUUCUUUGUACGUA